UUAAAUUUAUCAUAAAUUAUGUUGCAAAGGCAUUAAUUUUUUUAAUAUAAAAGAAUUUGAACUCUAAAUUAGUAAAUUUGGUACUUGGGGCCGGAUUUACUUAUGAGGACGCUUCAAGGUACGAACGCCUCGCAAUUUGCAAUUUAUGAUUGUAGAGAGCAUUGUCUCUUGCAUAUUAUAACUUAGGACUACAAAUAAGUUUAAGGCCCUAAGCUAUAAUAUAUGAGAGGCCCCGUAGUUGACCAUUCCUUCGAUUCUACUAGGCCAUUGCACCAUUUCUCUUGCUGCAACAAACUAUUUAACGUUAAGAGGAAUCAAUUUUAACUAUUUACGUGCCAGGAAAAGUAUUAUUUUCUUUAAUUUAUUAUUUAAUUAAUUGAAAGCGAAAGGAAUGGCAAAAUCUGCUGACUCAUUGUCAUUGUGGCUAUUGUGAAAUGUCUUGUAACACGAUCGUAUCGCGUCGAAACUUAAAAAUACAUAAUUAUGUAAAUUGAGAUUAAUGGUUCUAGAUUUAAAUUUAGAAAAUAAAAUAUUUUCUAAAUUUAAUAUUAACAAAUGAGAUUUCUUUCUAUGUAUUCAGCUCUUGGAGAAAAAACCGACAAUUUCGUGUCUUGCCCAUUAAGUGCCUUGGAUUGGAAGCUGCGGAGAUGGAGGAUACUAGAGGAGAUUUUAACGUACCGUCCCGAUAUAAUAUGCCUGCAGGAGGUGGACCAUUUUAAUUUUUUGAAGAAAACACUGGGUAUUCUAGGUUAUUUAGGUUUCUUCUUCCCUAAGCCCGAUUCCCCUUGUUACUACAUCAAAGGAAACAACGGGCCAGACGGGUGCGCGUUAUUCUACAACGCCGAAAAAUUCAGGCACGUAAAAACGUGUAGCCGAAUUCUAGAAGUAUGGACCUGUCAAUCCAACCAGGUAGCAUUGCUGACGUUACUAAAAAGGAAAAAAGACGGAAGAGAAAUCUGCGUGGUCACAACUCAUCUGAAGGCUCGUCAAGGUACACUGCUGCCCACACUCAGAAACGAACAAGGAAAGGACCUCUUAGAUUUUAUACGUAUGCACUUUAAUAAAAGGUCGGUCGUUAUAUGUGGUGAUUUUAAUGCCGAACCGACCGAACCAGUAUAUAGGACAAUGUUAUCAUCCCAGGAAGUGAAACUAGAUAGUGUCUACCGCCAUUUAAGUAAUCACGGUGUGGAACCACCUUACACAACGUGGAAGAUUCGCGAAGAGGGUGAAGUCUGUCAGACUCUAGAUUAUAUAUUUUACACGCCACAAUUACUACAGGUACAUUCCGUAUUACAGUUACCAACGGGUGACGAUAUAGGUGUCAAUAGGGUGCCAUCUUUCACUUAUCCUUCGGAUCACUUCUCUUUAGUUUGUGACGUUCGAUUUCGAGAAGCCAGUUGAAUAAUUCUUUAAAUUUUAAGCAGAGACAUUUAUUUUCUUAAAUUUCCCACCGCUUUUUUUUUUUUUAUAAGAAACGUUCGAGAAUUUCGUGUGUACGUGGUGUCAAUGUUCCUUAUCUUUUACUACUGUUCGAAUGGGAUUUUUAAGUUAGUUUGUGUAAUUUAAGCUUAAAACUGAAGAUUUUUUUGUAUUAAUGUUAAUAAAAUUCACGAUAAAAAAAAA